AUGAUCUUUCGUUAUUCCCUCCUAUGCGCCCUGCUUACCGUACUGGCUGCCAGCCAGAGGACUAGGCCAAACAUUGUCUUCAUUUUGACUGAUGAUCAGGAUAUCCACAUGAAAUCAAUGGAAUACAUGCCUCUCUUCAAGAAGUAUAUCGCUGAUAAAGGGUCUACGUAUCAACUCCACUACUGCACCACUGCCAUCUGUUGUCCUGCUCGUGUCAGCAUCUUAACAGGCAAACUAGCGCACAACACCAAUGUUACCGAUAUAUUUCUACCCUACGGUGGAUACCCUAAGUUCGUCCAGGAAGGCCUAAAUAGCAACUACUUGCCUGUCUGGCUGCAGGACGAAGGUUACAACACUUCUUAA